ACCACCAAGUCAGGUCCACCCUUUCAUUUCAUCAACACUCCAACACGCAACGCAUAAAAAUAAGGCUAACCAAAACCUCGUGAACCAACCCAACUCCAACCCCACUUGCCUCCGUCCUUCCCUCUCUCUCGGCCUAACCCCAACUACUUCUCUCUCUCUCUCUCUUCCUGUUCUUCUUUUUCCACCAAAACACUUUGCUUACCUCACCCCCCCCAAUUUUUACCAAAAUUCCCAUUCUAGCUGAGGAAUGGCCCCCGACCAAGACGACGCCGUUCUGCCCGAAGGGGACCUCUCCUCCUCCUCCCAAGACGACGAGGAAGAAGACGACGUCGUCGACGACGACGAGGAAGAAGAUGACGUCGACGAUGACGACGACGUCCUAAAUGAUGAUGUCAUCAACUCUGCCUCCCCUUCCACCUCUUCCGCCGGUGCCACCGACUCUCUCCCCGUCGCCAUCGCCACUCCCACCGUCACCGUUGCCCUGCCCGCUCGGGAACCCCCUCCCUUAGCUCUGGCCACUACGACCUCCACCGCAACUACCGUAAUCGCCAACGACGCCGUAUUGUCCUCCGAUCCCAAACGACACGCCGUUCUGUCCCCCCAGCCCGAAGAGAAGAAGCCGGCGGCCCUCGACGACUCUCGGAGACUCUUCCAGAGGCUGUGGACCGACGAGGAUGAGAUCGAGCUCUUGCAAGGCUUCCUCGACUACACGACGAUGCGAGGCAACAAAGGCUCGCACCACGGCCAAAACGACACCGCCUUGUUCUACGACCAGAUCAAGUCCAAGCUCCAGCUUGACUUCAACAAGAACCAGCUCGUCGAGAAGCUCCGGAGGCUGAAGAAAAAGUACCGGAACGUCCUCAACAAAAUCGCCAGCGGCAAAGAAGUUAGCUUCAAGAGCCCUCACGAUCAAGCCACGUUCGAGAUCUCCCGCAAGCUCUGGAGCAAUAUCGGCCGUAUCGGCCCCGACGAUAACGCCUUGGACGAUGAAGAUCCGAGCCCUAACCCUAACAAUCCCAAUUUCAACAAUUAUGAGAUUAAGAACGAGGAGGCUGCUGGUUUAGCCGGCGAUAAGAAGUCCACGCCGAGAUCGCGCAAGCGCUCGCGAACGCAGCUUAGAGCCGAAGAAAAACCGCCACCGUCCCGUGGAGGUUUCGUUGAGCCAUCGCCUGUAAUUAAAGAUAAUAACAACAGCAUUAAUAACAGUAACCAUGGUGGUGGUGGUGGUGGUAAUAGUUGCAGCAAUUGUAAUGUUCACGGGUUGAUUGAGGAGACGGUGAAGAGUUGUUUGUCUCCAUUGUUCAAGGAGUUGCUGAGUAGUGCAAUGGGCGGCGGGUCAGCUAGAGGGUUCGGAGGGUUGUCAUUGAAUCCUAUUCCAUUGAGCUUCGGCGGGCCGUCCAUGAAUUUGAAUUUUGGUGGUGGUGAAGGGGCAGAUGAGAAGUGGAGGAAGCAGCAGAUUUUGGAGUUGGAGGUGUACUCCAAGCGAUUGGAGUUGGUUCAAAAUCAGAUAAAAGUUGCAUUGGAGGAGUUACGAUCCAGCCGAGGCUGAUGAAUCCAUGUGGGCUUCAGAUUGAAGGUUGGCAUUGCUAGUAAGUUGUGGGACUUUCCUCGAAUCUUGAAUUUUUUGUUCAUAUAAAUUUGCGUGGUCUCUGAUCAAAUGGUUGAUGGUGCAGCUGGUGUUCGCAUUUUCGAAUUUUCGUCUUUGUUGGUUUCAUAGAACAGUUGUUGAAUAAUUAUUUUCUGAUGAUUGUUUAGUCUUUUGAUAGUUUUGUUCAUAUGCUUUAGACAUGUGUAGAUAAUUGAUGAAAUAAUUUAUAGAUGAGAAAAUUUUCGUUUCCUUACUGUAUCUUGAUGUAGAUGAUAUGUUUUUUGACAAAAAA